AUGGCUACUCGGUCAGGGAAAAACUUCAGGGGUCGUUUGACUGACAACCAGCGAGAUGGUUUGCUACUGAAGAUUUUGGAACAACUUGAGUUGAUGGACACUCGGGUCAAAAAACUAGAGGAUCAUGGGAAAGCUUCCGCGACUGAUACGACAGAAAAAGGAGAGGUCGACGUUGAGAACAACGACGUUGAGAACAACAACAAUAUCGACAAAGACGAGCCGGUCCAAGACAAGCAAUCUUUGGGGGAUUGGGUUAAGGAUUUUCUCGAGAGUAGUGGUGAGCACAACAAAGUGGAUACCGCUGGAGACAUCACGAAGAAAAUUAAGGUCGAUGUUCCCGAUUUCGAGGGGAGGACUGAUCCUACAGUGUUUUCAGAUUGGCUUGCUAGAAUCGAAGAAUAUUUUGACUGGUACGACAUGGAUGAUGAGCGCCGGGUGAGAUAUGUAAAGAUGAAACUUGUGCUUUUAGCAAAAGUAUGGUGGGCUGGUGUCGAGAAUGAUAUAAGGAGGUUGGGACAGCACCCAAUUAGUUCUUGGCAAGAGAUGAAGGCCAACUUGCGAGAGAAAUACAUGCCAUCGAAUUACCUUGACAAACUAUGCGACCAACUCACUGCUCAUAGGCAAGAAGACAUGGCAGUAUCGGAGUACAUGCAAAAGUUUGAUGAGCUGAAGACAAGGAGUCAAAUUGUAGAAGACCCAAGACAGACUCUUGCAAGGUUCAAAGCUGGGUUGAGGCCUGAUAUAAGGAGAGAGAUGAUUCGGCAUCCGGUCUAUAGUCUAGAACAUGCUUUUCAGGUUGCUCUGGAUUUGGAAGAAUAUUUGGGAUACACCAAAGUGAAGAAAUUUGGAGGUCAAGGUAACGAAGUCGUUCAAAAGAAAAACUUUGAGAUCACUGGCAAGGCACGGCCAGGAACAACUCCAUUGUUCAAUCGAACACAAGAUUCCAAACCUUUGUCUUCAAAGACCGCUGACUCAAGAACUUGUUUCAAGUGUGGGCUAGCAGGUCACAUGGGAUACCAAUGCCCACAGAAGAAUCUGCAUAUGGGGAAGGAGCAAGAGAAAGAAGCAGAACAACAAACAGCGGAUGCUAGCUUUGACUAUGGAGAAUAUGUUGAUGAUGACCUUGAGGAGGAAGGCUUAGACACUUCGCUUAUCUCUGUCGUUAGGCGUAUUUUGGCAGCUCCUAAAGUGGAAGAAGAGGAUUGGCGUCGAACUGCCAUUUUUCAAAUGCUAGUUCGAUGUGGGGACAAGGCACAUAAGUUAAUCAUCGAUGGUGGUAGCUGUAUGAACGUUGUCUCGAGUUCAACGGUUGAGCGCCUUAAGCUUCCAACACAGCCUCACCCACAACCAUACAGGGUAGCGUGGAUUGAUAGCACUCAGAUUCCAGUAACUCAAUGA